CGCCCUCAAAAUAACAGCUGCAUAAAAAAAAGCGUAUAUCAACCCGUGCAGCUGAGUAGGCUUCGAGCACAGUCAAUCUUUUCGCUAAAAAUGUGCUCAUCACCAAAUUGUCCAUAGCUACCAAGACACCAAGCAAGUCCUUUACGCUUUGCCUUUGAUAGUUAUUUAUACUGUCUGAGCCUGUAGUUAAAAGGAACAUCCAUCGAAGACAAAUUACCCGAUACAAUGGGAACUACCUCAAGCCUACCCAUGUACUCUGUUGAGGAUGUACCCGGGAAGGGCAAAGGCCUUAUCGCCCUCAAGGACAUUCCUGUAGGUGCGCGAAUCGUCUCCGAGACGCCCUUUCUCACUUCGGGUCUUGGUGUCGCAAAUCUGGAACAGCUACAAAUUCAAGUCUAUCAACAAGUCAGCUCUUUGAGCGAAAGCCAGCAACAGGCGUUCCUUUCUCUACACAAUAUCUAUCCUUAUAUCAGUUCGGCAGCGAAGUACCGUGGUAUAUUUCGAACGAAUGCUCUACCCAUCGGACCGAGUUUACAACUUGGAGGUGUUUUCCUCAUAGCAUGCCGAAUCAAUCAUGCUUGUGACAACAAUGCUCAGAACUAUUGGAACGACAACCUCAACCAGCUCACGAUACAUGCUGUAAAAGAUAUCCCCAAAGGAGAGGAAAUUACGAUCUCUUACCUUAGCAGUCGCAGGGGCCGUCGGUGGCGACAGGAAGAACUUCGCAACCAAUUCAAGUUUACGUGCUCGUGUGCACUGUGUUCUUUGGCACCCGUCCAGAGCAGAGAAAGCGACUCAAAGUUGAACCGUGUUCAUGAAUUAGACUGCAUCAUCGAACAGGGUGGCGUACAAGGGCUAGUUUCAUCUGCCCAGCGCAUGCUUAAUUAUGUCGAUGAACAAGUCCAGCUCUGGAACGAACCAACGCUAGACAUAAUCGGCUUGACUCGGGCAUAUCCUGACGCUUUCGAGAUUGCUAUUGCCAAUGGCGACUUGGCGAGGGCCCGCAUUUUUGCAGAGAGAUGUUUGUCUCUAUAUCGUAUCACUGGCGGUGACGACAGCCCUGAGGUACCACAAUACAGCGAGCUGGUGCAAGACCCUACGAGGCAUCUUUACUUUGGUAUGUCGAUGAAGUGGAAGACAACGCUAGACGAAGUUCCACAGGGGCUAGGAACGGAGGAAUUCGAGGACUGGCUCUGGAAGAGGAAGGUAGAAAGUACUUAGGAAAACUAGUAGGUCUUCGUAGUAUCGCAAUGAACAAUUUUCUUUGUGUGUACAUACGCAACUGCUUCCGCGGCUUACCGGCAUAUCCUGAUUCGGUCACGAGUCGUGAGAGAACGAGGAAUCGAGAAGCAGGUCUCUC